CUUUGAGCAGGGGAAGAAGCAGGUGGAGAAGAGCGAGGGCUGGGACGCCUGGGUGCCUGCAGAGAGGAGCUCAUUUUGGUCGUGAGUUGUCACUCUACUGACCACCAUGGGGCUCUGUAAAUGCCCCAAAAGGAAGGUCACCAACUUGUUCUGCUUUGAGCACCGGGUGAACGUCUGCGAGAGCUGCAUUGUUGCUAACCAUGCCAAGUGUAUUGUCCAGUCGUACCUCCAGUGGCUUCAGGACAGUGAUUUUAAUCCUAAUUGCCGGCUGUGCAAUACCCUUCUCUCCACCAAAGAGACAGUUCGGCUUGUCUGUUACGAUCUCUUUCACUGGUCAUGCCUCAAUGAGAUGGCAAAUCAGCUACCCCCAAACACUGCCCCCGCAGGCUACCAGUGCCCCAGCUGCAAGGCCCCCAUCUUCCCCUCCACCAACCUAGUCAGUCCAGUGGCAUCGGUGCUGCGAGAGAAGCUGUCAACAGUCAACUGGGCUCGGGCUGGCCUCGGACUCCCGCUGAUUGAUGAAGCUGAGGUUGUCCAAGAGAUGGAUUCCCAUGACACCACCGACUACACCGACUGGUCCAGCUUCACAGUCCUCAGCUCAGAGGAGGCUAGCCAGCAGAGCUCCCAGUCAGCCUUCGCCUACAGCCCCAGCGCCGCCCUCCCUGCCUCCCAGCCGCAGCAAGGCCUGAAUAACGGGGGCCUGCAGGAGCAGCACACGGUCAUCAGCAUGAACACCUUGAGUGGGGAAUUGGUCACCAUGAAUGCAGCUUCCUCGCCACGGAAAGUUUAUGACACCCGAGAAGGCGGGGGCAGCAGAGCCUCCGACGCUCGCAUAGACUUCGAUGAAGACAAGUACCGCCGGCGUCCAGCUCUCGGCUGGCUGGCCCAGCUGCUUAAGAACCGCUUCAGCUCCAGGAAGCAGCCACGGUCCUUGAUGCAGAGGUUCAUCAUCCUACUCCUGAUCGGAGGGAUCGGCUUCCUCACCCUCAUCAUCAUCAUGAUGAAGCUGGGCCGGGCCUCAGCUGACAAUGACCCCAAUCUGGACCCCAUGUUCAACCCACACAUCCGGGUCGGGCAGCAGUGAGCAGGGCAACCUUCACCAUCCCUGCUGUGCGCCCUUCCCUGCUCCA